AUGGCAGACAAAAAACAAUUCAUUUCUACUGAACCUGCAGAUAGAAUCAAUUUCCGUAAUGAUCCUCAAGAAGAGCAUCGAACUUAUUUGAGAAUUACGAAUACAAGUGAAAUGAAACAAGCUUAUAAAGUAAAAUGUACUCGAAAUGAUUUGUUCAGAAUUAGACCAGCUACUGGAAUUUUGGAUUAUAAUCAAACUCAAACUAUCACACUAAUUUAUCGGUUAGUUUUACUUAGAAACAAAUAUUUGUAAAUCCAAUUCUACUUUCAGAGGAGGAAAGGAACAACUUCCUUUGGGAGAAAGACAUCAUUUUGGUGUUUAUCAUAUUCCAGCACCAGAAGGAUGUACUUGUGAAGGAGCUUGGGCUGAACAUUAUGGACCACCACAAGGAGAACAUAAGCUUCGUGUUAUGUGGGGUGAAUAA